GCAGGGAAAAGAAGUCUAAUGUUAUAGUGCUGUUCCAUUUUUAUACUCGACAUUGAUAUAAUACAUCUGGAGCGAGCGGUCGAAUAUCUGGAUAAAAAUGGAAAGAAUCCGAGAUUUAUUUGCACUUGUAGUUGCCAUUUGCGUAAUACAACUUUCAGAUGCAGCAUGUCAAAAACCUUUGAUCAAAAAUGGCUACGUGCUUCCUGAUUAUGGACAACAGAAACUUUACAGUGCAGGAGAAAGGGCCAUGUUCUCCUGUUUUUUGGCCCUUCGACGUAUAGGACCAGCAUAUGCUGUAUGCCAGGGCAAUGGACAAUGGACUGAAGUAGCGACAUGUUUCAACCCACAAAAGUUUUGUCCGCCCGAAGAGGCAGAGAUAAAAAAUGGAUCACCCUUAAACGGGCCUAUUCAAGGAAAAUUUUACAAUGGAAUGGCUGUUCACUACAUUUGCAAAUACGGUUACAAACUUCCAAGUCCACGGCAAUACAAGAAUAUGUGCAAAAAUGGAAAAUGGGAAUACGUUAAACCGGAAUGCAAAGAAAUCGACUAUCGUCCUUUAAGAAAAUACUGGGAUGAACUUUCAUUCGAAGAAAGGGUCACCUACUACUCCAUAUUUGGAAAAUAAGAAUAAGUUGGAAGAAUCAAUGAACACAACGAAUCACAACUAUUAAAUAAAUAUAUUUUUAUUUCAUCGUCUCCGCUUUCCUAUUUUGGUUGAUUAUGUGUAGCCAAUUUUAUUCACAUUUUAGCAAAUUUGCUCGAAUAUUAUGAUUUUUUCAGAAUAUGAGCUUACAUGAUGUAAAAUUGUUUCACCUGCAACAGUAAACUUUACUCUGUGUGCGACUGUAUACAAAUAUUGUACAUUUUACCUAAAAUGAAUAAUUGAUGAUCUACAGAUGUAAUAGAAAAUGAAACGUGCAUAUUAGUAGUAUAUUCAAUGAGGUCACAACAACUUGUGAUGAUUUUUAAUAAAGUAUUGUAAAUAAAAGUUAAAAUAUA